AUGAAGCUCUCUAGUCUCGAGGCGUGGUAUCAGGCAUAUAUCGCAGAGGACGACAACGCCACUGGCGUAGACUCAGCCGUCGUCCAGGCUGUCAAGUCCGACUACCUCGAUGACGAUCUGGUCAAUUCACGUGUUCAAAGUCUCCGGGCAACGGCAUGCGUCGAGCAAGGUUUCUGCCAUCAGUGCAAGCAUCUUCUUGAACAUUGGCCGAGCCUUCCCAGAGAUGUGUUGCGGGCUCAUCGAAUUGCGCGGGUCCUGGAGACGGAAGAGGUCGAGGCAGCAGCCCUCGAAGGCUGCAGGUUUUGCACAUUCAUCUUCUACCGGCUGAAUUUUCAGGGUCUUCUCAGAACAUUUCGAAAAAUUGAGGCACGACUUCGGAGGCUUGGGCUCCCUGCAACAGCCUCUCUAGCCGUCCAGAACUGGACAGAGCUCGACUUCACCCCUCAGCUGCUGUGGGUCAAUUUUCCUGGAAAGAGUGCGAGCGAGUACGGUUCCCCAAGGGCGGAAUCCUCACAUUUCGAGUCACAUGAGCACACGAAGCCCUCUAGGUUGAUCUCGAUUAAGAAUGAUGUUCCCCGACUUGAGAUCACUUCAGAAUGGGGGACGAUACCUCCGUAUGCCACACUCAGCUAUUGCUGGGGAAGACAGAAGUUCCUCAUGCUCACCGAAGAUAAUCUUGAACGCUUUAUGGAAGGCAUACCACUUGUGAGCAUGCCCAAGACUUUCCAGGAUGCCAUCGUGGUACUUCGGGCACUCGGCCUCUCAUACGCCGAUUGGACGUACGAGGCGGGCCUCAUGUGCUCUGUGUACGGCGGCUCCCACCUCAACUUAGCAGCCACAGGCGCAACAAGCGUCCACGAAGGAUUAUUCACGCGGGCACAGCACUCUAGCGGCGGGUUUUAUGCCCAAAUUACUGUGAUUAACGAGUCGACCGGCCGUGGGGAUCAUUCGCUAAUCCACAACUUUCAUUCCCCACUGGUAUAUGAGGAGUCAACUACAGAAACUCACCUGGCACGUCGUGCCUGGACGCUACAGGAGAAGCUUCUGGCUCCACGGACGCUCAUUUGGGGACUUGGGUAUCGCCGUCAUGGUAUCGCUUCGGAAUUUCUGCCUGAGGGUUCUCCCAACAAGCUGGGAAUUCAUCUCGUCCGGCCGGAGGACGAAGCAUGGCCCUGGCAUGAGAUCGUCAACAUCUAUUCUGCAGCUCAUCUCACAUUUGGGUCGGACCGCCUCCCUGCCCUGUCUGGGAUCGCGGCCCGGCAAGGCAGCCUCGUGGGCGGUGGCUAUCUUGCCGGCAUGUGGCAAGACAGGCUUGCAAUGCAGCUGGACUGGAGGGCCAGAGAAACGAGACCAAGGCCAGAGAGGAGAGCGCCGUCGUGGUCGUGGGGGUCUAUCCCCGGCAGCGUUGAAUGGGCAGACGUCUGGCACAGCGGGCUGAUGGGCACGAGAGACACAGGCCAGUAUGUCCAUGUGGUCGAGGCAUGGACGAAACCUUCAGGCCCUGAUCCGUACGGCGCCAUCACUGCAGGACGCUUAACUCUUGCAUGCUCUGCUGCGGCGCGCGGACAUAUCCAGUCGUGUGCGCAUGACGAAGAGGACGAGGCUUGUGCUAAGCUGAUACUCGAGCCUGGCCUGCAGGAAGUUCCCAUCAGCCUGGAUUGUCUCGACGCAGAUUUCGAAUCCGACACGCGCUGUGCAUACUUGUUGCCGAUUUUUCGCGGACAUACAGAGAACAGAUAUCCGCGCGAAGGAGUCUACAACUUUGAUGUACUGGAGCCGCAUGGCAACGGGCCAGGGACGUUCCGCCGCAUUGGAUCGUUCAAACUUCGCGACAAGCCCUGCCCAGAAGCGCGCGUCGUCAAAGAGGACUGCAAGUAUCACCAGGUUCUUUCAGUUCUGGGCGAAACGGGCGGAGCCACAGCAGAGAAGAUCUGUAAUAGUAUUCUCGUGGAUAGUGAGCAUCCCGGUGCACGCUUUGUGAUAAACAUCGAAUAG